AUGGAUGACUUGUAUUUAGACGUCACAGCCGACUAUGUAGACGAGUGUAAAAUAACGCAAAUGAGUUAUCAUUCAUUCACUCCGUACUCAAACAUGUCUUUAUCAAAUAACGAUGAAAUCAGGAUAAGUGUUUUGAAUAUGGACUCUUUACAGUUUAACACUUUACUGUGCGAAAGCUAUAUUUACAUCGAGGGCAAAGUGAACAAACCUACCGAUGCUGUUGGAGAAGUACGUUUUUCAAAUAAUGGAUUGGCAUUUUUAUUCUCUGAAAUGCGAUAUGAAAUAAACGGAAUAGAAAUACAGAAAUUAAAAUCACCUGGAGUUUCGUCUUGUUUGAAAGCAUACUGUUCGUAUACUCCAAACGACUUGAAUGCACUAGAAAACGCGGCCUGGGAUUCAGCGAUGGAUAGCGAAGACAAUAAAAAUUUUAUGCCCAACGAUGUAUUUACCGGGUGUAUACCUCUAAAACAUUUAUUCGGAUUUUGUGAAGACUAUAAAAAAAUAUUGCUUAAUUGUAAUCAGCAACUGAUUUUAAAUCGCGCAUCUAGCGAUCUUGAUGCGAACACGUUGUUGGUGAGGGUGCGACUGCAACCGUUGAUAAAAAUAAAAAAAUUAAAAUUGAACUUACUAAGGUGA